CUUUAUCUUUUUCUUUUUUUCUUCUUUGCGCCCUUUGGUCUUAGCAGUGAGCGACUUUGGAGCUUUGCGCUCACUUUUGCUGGCGAAAAGCUCUAUUUGAUACCCUUAAUCUGCAGUAUCUUGCGUCCUCGUCUCUUACAGCUUCCCCGCCAUGUCAGCCGAGAAUGAAAAGACCUCGGCGGUCGCCGACGUGCAGCCUCAGCCUCAGCCCCAGAUCCAGGGCGAGAAGAACGAGCAGGUGCAUACCGUGACGGAAUCGCCCGAUAAUGUCAGCCAGGCGCAAGAGCAGCAGCAGCAGCAGCCGGCACAGAGUCGCGCGGCGAGGCUGUUCGCCUAUAUGAAGACCCGCGAUUUCUGGAUCGUCCUGAUCUUGGGUCAAAUCAUUGCGCUGGCCGAUAUCAGUUCCUCCACCUUCUCUUCCCUCUUGUCCAACGCGGGAAACAGUAUCCCGGCCUUUCAAACCCUGUGGAACUACAUCCUGCUCAAUCUGGUCUACACGAGCAUCACCAUCUACAAGUACGGCUUCAAGAAGUGGUUCCGGAUGCUGUACCGGGACUGCUGGAAGUAUUUCAUCCUGUCCUUUCUCGAUGUCGAGGGCAACUACUUCAUGGUGCUGGCCUACCGCUACACCUCGCUGCUGAGCGCCGAACUCUUCAGUUUCUGGACCAUCAUCUGCGUCGCCAUCAUCUCUUUCGUCUUCCUACGCGUCCGCUACCACAUCACCCAAUACAUUGGCAUCUUCCUCGCAUGCGGUGGACUGGGCAUGCUGAUCGCCUCGGAUUACCUGCGCGGUGCCAACUACCCCGCCGAGGACCAGGUGAAGGGUGAUCUGUUUGCGCUCCUGGCCUGCACCAUCUACGCCUUCAGCAACCUGUUCGAGGAGUUCAUGGUGUCGAAGCGCCCGAUGUAUGAGGUCAUCGGCCAGAUGGGUUUCUGGGGCAUGUUCAUCAACGGCGUGCAGUGCGCCAUCUUCGACCGGGGCUCCUUCCACGGCGCCACCUGGAACAACAAGGUCGGUGGCUACAUCGCCGGGUACACCAUCGUGCUGUUCAUCUUCUACACGCUGGCUCCCAUCAUGCUGCGGGUGUCGUCGGCCAUGUUCUUCAACAUCUCGCUGCUGACGAUGAACUUCUGGGGCUUGAUCAUCGGUAUCCAGGUGUUCCAUUACUCGGUGCAGUUCCUGUAUCCGAUUGCCUUUGUGCUGAUUGUGAUUGGGCUGCUGGUGUACUUUGUCAUGGAGGGCGAGAUGGGCGAGGCCGCCAAGCCAUGGCUGGGUGCUAACCAGGAGGCCGGUGUCGAUGGCGUGGGUACUGGUCGUCGGGCGCAACAAACGGGACAUGCGAUUGUCUAGAGGGUGUGGUGGAUAUGAUAUGAUAUGAAGCAAUAUGGGCAUGAGAGUAAUGUGUACGAGGACAAAAGUUAUUCCUUUAUCUUAGAUCUUAAUAUAUAUUAGACCGGCUGCAGUGCAAGACUGGUGGA